AUGCAGCAACAACAAACAGCCAUUCAAGCACAAGUUCAGGCCACUGCUACUGCCAUAGCAACCAAUGGCGUAGCUAUUGCUUCGGCCAAUGCUGUUGGUGGUGCAGCCGCGGCACCAGUGGUUGAUCCAUCUGUAUACUGGGCUCAGUGGCAGAACUGGAAUACCAAUCUGGCUAGUUAUGGAAAUGUUUUGUGGAAUGCUGGUUGUUUGUCUACUUACUGGGACAACGAUAGCAAUUAUUAUAAUGCAAUGAUUGCUCUGCAGCAAAAUCUCGCACUUCAGAAUCAGGCUAUUUGGAAUAAUAUAGCCGCUGCUAAUCAGCAAGCUGCAGCACAUGCCAAUGCGCUGUAUCUACAGACUGCAACCCAAAAUGCGCUGACAACAUUCAAUUCGGCAGCAUGCCAGAUUAAUACAGCGUAUGGAGCACAGUUGGGAUGGAAUAGUGUUUCGGGAACUUCAUGGAACUGUUGA